GAUGGUCAAAUUGUACGAUUGUUUUUCUGAAAAGAAUGUGCACAUGAGCCGUGACCUGGAAGGAACAGAAGUUUCACCUGUUAUAUGGGGUGAACUUUAUGACUUGGUCGGCCGAUUUUCGAAAUCAUUGAUGGCACCAUCGGAUUACUGAGCGAACGUAGUUUUCGAUUUUCGGACGAAAAAUCUUUUGGAAUUCGACCCAUGUAUGGCCUGCAUAACAGAAAAAUGCAAUUUUUUUUAAAGGUUGCUUAUAACUUUACGUUAUACUCUCUUUUCUUUUUUUUUUUUUUAGUUACUUUAAGUGUACUAAAGAAUAAAAAAAAAAAAAAAAAAAAAAAAAAGAAGAAA